AUGGCAAGCAUAUGUAUUGAAGUUCCUAAACCUAAGGUCUUAGGUCCCAAGAAUGAUCCUUUACACUUAAUUAAAACAAGAAAGAAAACUCAUAAUAGGCCUGCCACCAUCGCUGGUCCUAUGGUCAGAUAUUCUAAAUUACCAUUUCGGUUAACCUGCCUUCAUUACAAUACCGACAUAGUAUACACCCCUAUGAUACUAGCUCGUGAAUUUGUGAGGAAUAAACAUGCAAGGAUGGCUGAUUUUAGUACUAAUAGUAGAGAUUCUCCAUUGAUUGUGCAGGUCGGCGUCAAUAAUGUUACUGAUUUAAUGCGCUUUGUAGAAAUGGUCAGUCCUUACUGCGAUGGCAUUGGAAUAAACUGUGGCUGUCCCAUCAAGGAGCAGGUAAGAGAGGGCAUCGGAUCAGCAUUGAUAUAUAAUGCUGAACUUUUAACAAGCAUGGUCAGAUCGGUGAAAGAAAAGUACGGCGAUAAAGUAAGGCUUGAAACUAAGAUCAGGAUCCAUGAUGACUUGAAACAGACAGUUGCUUUAUGUGACGGGCUAGUUGAUGCUGGAGUAGACUGGAUUACAGUUCAUGGAAGAACAAGAAAUACAAGAUCGUCAGUCGCAGUGGAUUUAGACGCUAUAAAAUUCAUUCGAGAACAUAUAAAAGACCAAGAAAUACCUAUAAUUGCCAAUGGAGACUGUUUCACGUAUAAGGACUUUAAAAAUAUAGCAGAAUACACCGGGGUAGACGGAGUUAUGUCUGCAAGAGGAAUUUUGUCCAAUCCUGCUCUUUUUAGUGGGGUCGAUAAAUGCCCAUGGAGUGCAGUGGAGUUAUUUUGGCAUUAUGCUAUGGAAUUAGGUACACUGCCCUAUCAAUUACUGCAGCAUCACCUUCAUUGUAUGCUGAAGAGCAUGGACGUCUCGAACGCUCUACUUAAAGAGAUGAUGCUGAUACAAAAUACAUGUGAACUCAUAGAUUGGUUUGAUGAAAACUUCAUACUUAGGAGGUACCACAAGGAGCCCUUAACUGAAGGCACUGAAAUCCCUUAUAGAACCCCCCAAGCAUGCAAUAUAGGUAUCGGUGGGCUAGAUGCCCUCUCUAUAGGGUAG